AUGGCGGGACGAGAGGUGAUGGAAGCGACACAAAAGCGUGCACGUCUCGAGAACCAGGCGGCUUCCGAGCCUCUGCAAGGCCAACAGAGCCAGCAGCAGCAGUUAGGGUCCGAAGAGCUCUCGCUGUUGGAGACCCUGUCGACGCCCUUUUCUCCUUCCGAUGGAGUACACCGGCCCAUGUCGCCCGGAAGACGCCGCGACGUCGACACCUCGACCAUGCGUUCUUCAGCGGUCCUUCCGCGGCGACCGAACGAGUCUGCGGAAUUUCAGCAGGCACAGUUCCUUCACAUGCCGAGGAAGCUGCGCGAAAGCAUGUCUCCGCAGCAGCGCGAGGUCUACCGGGACUUCCAGCAGCAGCCGUCGGCGUUCGCCAACUCGCGGCGGUACUGCAUCCCGCGCGAGAAGAUGCACGACCCCGAGGUGCGGGCCUCGCUGCUCGACUACGUCCGGUCCGUCAUCGAGCAGGCUGUCGAUUGUGCCAAGGUCAUCAGCACCUGCGCCCUCCGGGACUCGCAGUCGCGGCCCAACACUCUGCACAAGUGGGAUCCCAAGGCCAGCGUUCGCAACGUGCCGCCGCCACCGAUGCUCAACCUUCCCACGGUGACGCUGGAUCGCGUGCGUUCCCGGGACGAGAUGGAGACCGACACGACGGCCGGAUCGCACGGCCCGCGGCGCGGCCUCCGGUCGCCGACGAUGCGUUUCUUGUCUCGUCUCAUACCGGGCCGGCAUAGCCAGAGCCACGCGGGCUCGUUCAGUCAGAGCGUGUGCGAGAAAGACGAAGAGCGCAGUCACAUGACCAUGAGCAUGAGGUCCAAGCCCUCCAGCUGGAAGACGCUCUCCAUCUUCUCUCAAAUUGUGGAAAAGCCGCGGCUGGAGAGCCUGCGCGAGUGGUCCUUCUCGCGGAUCGUCGUCAUCGACAUUCUGCGCACGCGCAAGCAGGACUUGGUGUGCAGCGCCCGGCACACCUUCUCCGGAGAGUGGGCCAUCCUCAAGAUAGUCUGGAAGAGGCGCUUCAGCUCGAAAAGAAGAGCCGUUGCCCGUGAGCGCAAGGUUUGGGAGAUGCUGUCCGAGUGCCAAUUUGUCGUGGGGCUCAAGUCAUUUUUCACCUCAUCGCAGUGUUACGUUUUUGUGGCCGAGUACUACGAAGGAUGCACGCUCCAGUCACUUCUCGAAGAAGGUGCGCUGCGUGAUGACGUCAUCGUGAAUAUUGUCGCCAACGUCACGUACGCGCUCAAGUACAUCCACGACAGAGACAUGAUGUACCGCAACAUCUCGCCGACAACGAUCCUCAUUGACAUGAAGGGCACCGCACGACUCUUCGACUUCGCCUUCUGCUCGCAUGGCAAGACGUCGAGCAGCCGGAUCGGCUCGAUACCCUACAUGGCGCCGGAAGUCCUAAGAAUGGAAGUAUACGAUCGCACGUCCGACUACUGGUCGCUGGGCAUUCUGACGUACGUGCUGUACGUUCGCCACACGCCCAUGUCCAUCUAUUCGGCGAAGACCAACCUGGACCACUGGGCCGACCGGGACUACAUGUACCAAUACGCCGAGGUGGUCCCCAUUAUCCUGCCCAAGCACAUGCCUCCGCAUGCAAAAAGCCUCAUAUGUGGCCUUCUAGUUGAGAGACCUCGGCUUCGCCUGGGUUGUCGUUCAACGGGCUUCUACGAAGUGAUGAAACAUCCAUUCUUCCACCAUGUGGACUGGGACAGUUUCACGAGGGCGAAAAGCGUCACGACGCGAAAUGCUCCGAAGGGUAACCAGUCAUUCUGAGGGCGGGCCGACUCACGCAAGUGGGCCGAAAGCGAGCCGACACAGAUGUGCCCCCGGACCAUCGUCAUCAACAUUAUUGGCGUCACGCUCGGCCUUAAAGAACACCUGACACCAAAAUCGAAACCUCGAGAACUUUGUGUUGUUUGAUUGUCCUGUAUACGUGGGCUCUUGUGGCCGAAUAUUAGUGGCGAGCGUUGCCUUUAAGGCAUUUUGAUUGGUUUUUAAAUUAACCGUGAGUGCUCUUCUGAGUUGGCAGCAGCUUUCGACAUCGCUACUAGUAUGACGUCGAUGAAGGUGACGUCCACAAGGAAAGCGAGUAUUGUCGACGUCGCAGAAGGUUCGCGGGGUGCACAAAAUACCACGACUGACACCCGACGAAGGCUUAUUUUAGUUUGUUUUAUUUUGUCG